AUUGCCCUAGGGUUUAUAUUCCCCCUCGCGACGAUAACUCGCAACACCCCAUUCCCUCCUGCUGAAUCUCACCCGCUCACUACUCGGAGCACGAAUCCUUCAUUCUUCCACUUCCAGUGAUGAAACGAUUCAUUGAUUAAUUUUCUCAGAAACCUUGAAGCCAUCUAUUCCCUCUUCUAUUCGUUUCUUCAUUAUCACGAACCCGUUGUUCGCUUCCUUCGGGUGAACCAUGUAUCUCUACAGUCUUACUCUCCAGCGACCUACUGGCAUAGUGUGCGCCAUUAAUGGAAGCUUCUCUGGUGGAAAAAUCCAAGAAAUUGUUGUUGCUAGAGGCAAAGUUCUUGAUCUUCUCCGUCCUGACGAUAAUGGUAGGAUCCAAACGAUACUCUCUGUUGAAAUUUUCGGUGUUAUAAGGUCUUUAGCUCAAUUUAGGCUUACUGGGGCUCAGAAGGACUAUAUCGUUGUGGGCUCUGACUCUGGAAGAAUUGUAAUUCUUGAGUACAAUAAGGAGAAAAACGUUUUUGAUAAAAUCCACCAGGAAACUUUUGGCAAAUCUGGUUGCCGUAGGAUUGUUCCAGGACAAUACUUGGCCAUAGAUCCCAAGGGCAGGGCGGUUAUGAUUGGGGCUUGUGAGAAGCAAAAGCUUGUUUAUGUAUUAAAUAGGGAUACUGCAGCUAGGUUGACAAUAUCGUCUCCUUUAGAAGCACAUAAGUCUCAUACUUUAGUGUACUCUAUUUGCGGUGUUGAUUGUGGGUUUGAGAACCCAAUAUUUGCCGCUAUUGAAUUGGAUUACUCAGAGGCUGAUCAGGAUUCAACAGGUCAGGCAGCUAGUGAGGCUCAGAAACAUUUAACAUUUUAUGAGCUUGAUUUGGGGCUGAAUCAUGUGUCUAGGAAAUGGUCAGAACAGGUUGAUAAUGGGGCAAAUCUACUUGUCACUGUUCCUGGGGGUGGAGAUGGGCCUAGCGGUGUGCUGGUUUGUGCAGAAAAUUUUGUUAUUUACAAAAAUCAGGGACACCCGGAUGUCCGGGCUGUGAUUCCAAGACGUGCUGACUUGCCUGCUGAGCGUGGAGUUCUUAUAGUUUCAGCAGCUAUGCAUAAGUUGAAAUCUAUGUUCUUCUUCCUCUUGCAGACAGAAUAUGGAGACAUUUUCAAGGUUACUUUGGAACAUGAUGGUGACCGUGUCUCAGAAUUGAAAAUUAAGUAUUUUGACACUAUUCCAGUUACUGCUUCAAUGUGUGUGUUGAAAUCAGGAUUUUUAUUUGCAGCCUCAGAGUUUGGAAAUCAUGCUCUAUAUCAGUUCAAGGCAAUAGGGGAUGAUGCUGAUGUCGAAGCUUCAUCGGCAACACUAAUGGAAACUGAUGAAGGUUUUCAGCCAGUGUUUUUCCAGCCUAGAAGACUGAAGAACCUUGUUAGGAUUGAUCAGGUUGAGAGUUUGAUGCCAAUAAUGGAUAUGAAAGUCACAAAUCUCUUCGAAGAAGAAACUCCUCAAAUAUUUACACUGUGUGGGCGUGGUCCUCGUUCAUCCUUGAGGAUUUUGAGAACUGGAUUAGCAGUUAGUGAGAUGGCAGUGUCAAAGCUUCCAGGCAUACCCAGUGCUGUCUGGACUGUGAAAAAGAAUGUUAAUGAUGAGUUUGAUGCAUAUAUUGUUGUGUCAUUCACAAAUGCAACACUUGUCCUUUCCAUUGGUGAGACAGUUGAAGAAGUUAGUGACAGUGGAUUUCUUGACACCACACCCUCUCUUGCUGUUUCUUUGAUAGGUGAUGAUUCUCUCAUGCAGGUUCAUCCCAAUGGCAUCAGACAUAUAAGGGAGGAUGGACGUAUUAAUGAGUGGAGAACUCCGGGAAAGAGGACAAUUGCAAAAGUUGGUUCAAACAGACUUCAAGUAGUCAUUGCACUGAGUGGAGGUGAACUGAUUUACUUUGAGGUGGAUGUCACAGGUCAGUUGAUGGAAGUCGAGAAGCAUGAAAUGUCUGGAGAUGUUGCUUGUCUGGAUAUUGCAGCAGUACCUGAAGGCAGACAAAGAUCUCGUUUUCUUGCUGUUGGUUCAUAUGAUAAGACCAUCCGUAUCUUGUCAUUGGAUCCUGAUGAUUGUAUGCAGAUUCUUAGUGUGCAAAGUGUUUCUUCAGCCCCAGAAUCUCUUCUGUUUCUUGAAGUUCAGGCAUCCACUGGUGGUGAGGAUGGUGCAGAUCAUCCUGCUAGCCUUUUCCUGAAUGCUGGUUUACAGAAUGGUGUCUUGUUUAGAACUGUUGUGGAUAUGGUUACUGGUCAGCUUUCUGAUUCUCGUUCUCGAUUCUUAGGAUUGAGAGCCCCAAAGCUAUUUCCCAUCAUUGUAAGAGGCAAGCGUGCAAUGCUUUGCUUGUCGAGUCGACCCUGGCUUGGUUACAUCCACCAGGGGCAUUUCCUUUUAACUCCCCUUUCGUAUGAAACCCUUGAAUAUGCUGCAUCGUUUUCAUCGGACCAAUGUGUGGAAGGUGUAGUUGCUGUGGCUGGUGAGGCAUUGAGAAUUUUUACUAUUGAAAGGCUUGGGGAAACAUUUAAUGAGACAGUUAUUCCACUGAGAUACACACCAAGAAAGUUUGUGCUACAACCCAAAAAAAAGCUUUUGGUUAUGAUUGAGAGUGAUCAAGGAGCAUUCACAGCAGAAGAGCGUGAGGCUGCAAGAAAAGAAUGUUUCGAGGCUGCCGGAGCAGGAGAAAAUGAAAAUGGUAAUGUAGACCAAAUGGAGAAUGGUGGUGAGGAUGAAGAUAAAGAUGAUCCACUCUCUGAUGAGCAUUAUGGUUAUCCAAAGGCUGAAUCAGAGAAGUGGGUUUCCUGCAUCAGAGUUCUUGAUCCUAGAACAGGAAAUACUACUUGUCUUCUGGAGCUUCAGGAUAAUGAGGCUGCAUUCAGUGUAUGCACAGUGAAUUUCCAUGAUAAGGAGUAUGGAACUCUUUUAGCUGUUGGUACAGCAAAGGGACUGCAGUUUUGGCCCAAAAGGAGUUUAAGUGCUGGAUUUAUUCAUAUUUAUAGAUUUGUAGAAGAUGGAAGAUCCCUUGAACUUCUUCACAAAACUCAGGUUGAAGGUGUUCCACUUGCUUUAUGCCAAUUUCAAGGAAGAUUGCUUGCAGGAAUAGGGCCAGUGCUUAGGCUAUAUGAUUUGGGGAAAAGACGAUUGUUAAGGAAAUGUGAGAAUAAACUAUUCCCCAACACAAUUGUCUCAAUCCAGACAUAUCGUGAUCGCAUUUAUGUUGGUGACAUCCAAGAGUCUUUCCAUUACUGCAAGUAUAGGCGGGAUGAAAAUCAACUCUAUAUAUUCGCAGAUGAUUGCGUUCCAAGAUGGGUUACUGCAUCAUACCAUGUUGAUUUUGACACCAUGGCGGGUGCAGAUAAAUUUGGAAACAUUUAUUUUGUCCGCUUACCACAAGAUGUUUCAGAUGAGAUAGAGGAAGAUCCUACUGGUGGGAGAAUUAAGUGGGAGCAGGGGAAGCUGAAUGGAGCUCCCAAUAAGGUGGAAGAAAUUGUACAAUUUCAUGUUGGUGAUGUGGUUACAUGUUUGCAGAAAGCAUCUCUUAUACCAGGUGGUGGAGAGAGCAUUAUAUAUGGAACAGUUAUGGGAAGUGUAGGGGCAUUGCAUGCUUUUACUUCCCGUGAUGAUGUUGACUUCUUUUCUCAUUUGGAGAUGCAUUUGAGGCAGGAUCAUCCUCCUUUGUGUGGUAGAGACCACAUGGCUUAUAGAUCUGCCUAUUUCCCUGUUAAGGAUGUAAUUGAUGGAGAUUUGUGCGAGCAGUUCCCAACAUUGCCAAUGGACUUGCAGAGGAAAAUUGCUGAUGAAUUAGACAGAACCCCUGGAGAGAUUCUGAAGAAGCUUGAGGAAGUACGGAACAAAAUUAUUUGAAAGAUGACCAACCAAAAGAUCAUUGUUGAGCUAUGUUGGUUGGGCGUUACCUGUAGUUUAGCCUUAACAAUGCCUUAACAAUGUGAAGAAGCAUGUGGAUUCUCAUUUUUAGUUGAAGUAGUGCCAGUGAUUUCAUGUCCUGUCUAAAGUUAGUUUCUGAAAGAAGUUGAGCAUUGUUUAUUGUAGUGGGUGAAAUGUAUUACAUGAGGCCCAGUUGGCAUUUCUGUUGUACUUAAAAAAUUGAAAGGUUGAUACUAAGAUAAUGUGAUGAUGCCCAUUAGGAUUUUCAA